CCCGUCCGCUAAGUGUCUGGGCUCUCCCGCUCGCGUCCCAGUCUGCGGGCCUCCGGGGCAGCGGCGAGGCCGGAGCGUCGCGGCGGAGGGGACAAGACCAGGACAAGACCAGGGCAGGAGGGAGCCGGCCAGCCGCGAGAGCCCCGCACGCCCGGCAAGAUGCUGUCCUGGCGGCUGCAGACGGGCCCCGAGAAGGCCGAGCUGCAGGAGCUCAACGCCCGGCUCUAUGACUACGUGUGUCGGGUGCGGGAGCUGGAGCGCGAAAACCUGCUCCUGGAGGAGGAGCUGCGCGGCCGGCGCGGGCGAGAGGGCCUGUGGGCCGAGGGGCAGGCCCGCUGCGCCGAGGAGGCGCGCAGCUUGCGGCAGCAGCUGGACGAGCUGAGCUGGGCCACUGCGCUGGCGGAGGGCGAACGGGACGCUCUGCGGCGCGAGCUUCGAGAGCUGCAGCGCCUGGAUGCGGAGGAGCGCGCCGCCCGCGGCCGCCUGGACGCCGAGCUGGGUGCGCAGCAGCGCGAGCUGCAGGAGGCGCUGGGCGCGCGCGCCGCCCUCGAGGCGAUGCUGGGCCGGCUGGAGGCCGAGCGCCGACGCCUCGACGCGGCCCACGAACGCGACGUGCGGGAGCUGCGCGCGCGCGCCGCCAGCCUGACCAUGCACUUCCGCGCCCGCGCCACCGGCCCCGCCGCGCCUCCGCCACGCCUGCGGGAGGUGCACGACAGCUACGCACUGCUGGUGGCCGAGUCGUGGCGGGAGACGGUGCAGCUGUACGAGGACGAGGUGCGCGAGCUGGAGGAGGCGCUGCGGUUCGGCCAGGAGAGCAGACUCCAGGCGGAGGAAGAGACGCGGCUGUGCGCGCAGGAGGCAGAGGCCCUGCGGCGCGAGGCGCUCGGGUUGGAGCAGCUGCGCGCGCGGCUGGAGGACGAGCUGCUGCGGAUGCGCGAGGCGUACUGGCUACAGGCCGAGGAGCGGCAGAGAGCGAUUGACUGCCUGGAGGAUGAGAAGGCGACCCUCACCUUGGCCAUGGCUGACUGGCUGCGGGACUAUCAGGACCUCCUGCAGGUGAAGACCGGCCUCAGUCUGGAGGUGGCGACCUACCGGGCCUUAUUGGAAGGAGAAAGUAAUCCAGAGAUAGUGAUCUGGACUGAGCACAUUGAAAACAUGCCACCAGAAUUCAGACACAAAUCCUAUCACUAUACCGACUCACUAUUACAGAGGGAAAAUGAAAGAAAUCUAUUUUCAAGGCAGAAAGCACCUUUGGCAAGUUUAAAUCACAGCUCGGCGCUGUAUUCUAACCUGUCAGGGCACCGUGGAUCUCAGACGGGCACAUCUAUCGGAGGUGAUGCCAGAAGAGGCUUCCUGGGCUCGGGAUAUUCUUCCUCGGCCACUACCCAGCAGGAAAACUCAUACGGAAAAACCGUCAACAGUCAAACCAAUGUCAGAACUUUCUCUCCAACCUAUGGCCUUUUAAGAAAUACUGAGGCGCAAGUGAAAACAUUCCCUGACAGACCAAAAGCUGGAGAUACAAGGGAGGCCCCCGUUUACAUACCUGAAGAUUCCACAAUUGCCCGCGAGUCAUACUGGGAUCGCCGAGACAAUGUGGCAGCAGGUGCUUCGGAAAGCACAGGGUCACGUGAGAGGACCGUCAUUCUGGGAAAGAAAACAGAAGUGAAAGCCACGAGGGAGCAAGAAAGAAUCAGACCAGAAACCAUCCGAACAAAGCCAGAAGAGAAAAUGUUCGAUUCUAAAGAGAAGGCUUCCGAGGAGAGAAACCUAAGAUGGGAAGAACUGACAAAGUUAGACAAAGAAGCGAGACAGAGAGAAAGCCAGCAGAUGAAGGAGAAGGCUAAGGAGAAGGACUCACUGAAGGAGAAGAGCGUGCGAGAGAGAGAGGUACCGAUUAGUCUAGAAGUAUCCCAGGACAGAAGAGCAGAGGUGUCCCCGAAAGGUUUGCAGACGCCUGUGAAGGAUGCUGGUGGCGGGACCGGUAGAGAGGCAGAAGCAAGAGAGCUGCGGUUCAGGUUGGGCACCAGUGAUGCCACUGGUUCUCUGCAAGGCGAUUCCAUGACAGAAACCGUAGCAGAAAACAUCGUUACCAGUAUCCUGAAGCAGUUCACUCAGUCUCCAGAGACAGAAGCAUCUGCUGAUUCUUUUCCAGACACGAAAGUCACUUACGUGGACAGGAAAGAGCUUCCCGGGGAAAGGAAAACAAAGACUGAAAUAGUUGUGGAGUCUAAACUGACUGAGGAUGUUGAUGUUUCCGAUGACGCUGGCCUGGACUACCUUUUAAGCAAGGAUAUUAAGGACGUGGGGCUGAAAGGCAAGUCAGCCGACCAGAUGAUAGGCGACAUCAUCAACCUCGGCCUGAAAGGGAGGGAGGGGAGAGCAAAGGUUGUCAACGUGGAGAUUGUCGAGGAGCCCGUGAGCUAUGUCAGCGGAGAGAAGCCAGAGGAGUUUUCUGUCCCAUUCAAAGUUGAGGAGGUCGAAGAUGUGUCCCCAGGCUCCUGGGGGUUGGUUAAGGAAGAGGAAGGUUAUGGAGAAAGCGAUGUCACAUUCUCAGUUAAUCAGCAUCAAAGGACCAAGCAGCCCCAGGAGAACACGACUCAUGUUGAAGAAGUGACAGAGGCAGGUGAUUCAGAGGGUGAGCAGAGUUAUUUUGUGUCAACUCCAGAUGAAUACCCCGGGGGGCACGACCGAGAUGACGGCUCGGUGUAUGGGCAGAUCCACAUCGAGGAGGAAUCCACCAUCAGGUACUCUUGGCAGGAUGAAAUCGUGCAGGGGACUCGAAGGAGGACACAGAAGGACGGUGCAGUGGGCGAGAAGGUUGUGAAGCCCUUGGAUGUCCCAGCGCCCUCUCUGGAGGGGGACCUGGGUUCCACUCACUGGAAAGAACAAGCUAGAAGCGGUGAAUUUCAUGCCGAACCCACAGUCAUUGAAAAAGAAAUUAAAAUACCCCAUGAAUUCCACACCUCCAUGAAGGGCAUCUCCUCCAAGGAGCCCCGGCAGCAGCUGGUGGAGGUCAUCGGGCAGCUGGAGGAAACCCUUCCUGAGCACAUGAGGGAAGAGCUGUCCGCCCUCACCAGAGAGGGGCAGGGCGGGCCGGGGAGCGUUUCCGUGGACGUCAAGAAGGUCCAGGGUGCUGGUGGCGGUUCUGUGACCCUGGUUGCUGAAGUCAACGUCUCACAAACUGUGGAUGCCGAUCGGUUAGACCUGGAGGAGCUGAGCAAAGAUGAGGCCAGUGAGAUGGAGAAAGCUGUGGAGUCGGUGGUUCGGGAGAGCCUGAGCAGGCAACGAAGCCCAGCGCCUGGCAGACCAGAUGAGGAAGAUGGAGCGGAGGCCCUGGCUGCUGGUGUUCGCUUCAGGCGUUGGGCCACCCGGGAGCUGUACAUCCCUUCAGGCGAGAGUGAGGUUGCUGGUGGGGCCUCUCGCAGCUCGGGACAGCGCACUCCCCAGGGUCCAGUGUUGGCCACUGUGGAGGUCAGCAGCCCCACAGGCUUUGCCCAGUCACAGGUGCUGGAGGAUGUGAGCCAGGCUGCAAGGCACAUAAAACUUGGCCCCUCUGAAGUCUGGAGGACUGAGCGAAUGUCAUAUGAAGGACCCACUGCAGAAGUGGUGGAGGUAAGUGGGGGAGGUGACCUAAGUCAGGCAGUGAGCCCGACUGGAGCCAGCCGGUCUGUGAGGCAUGUCACGCCGGGUCCUGGUCAAAGUCCACUGUCCAGAGAAGUCAUCUUCCUAGGCCCUGCCCCUGCCUGUCCGGAGGCAGGGGGCUCGCCAGAACCUGGCCCAGCAGAGUCUUCUGCAGAUUCGGACGGAUCGGGGAGGCACAGCACAUUUGGCUCCAGACAAUUUCAUGCUGAAAAGGAGAUUAUUUUUCAGGGCCCCAUUUCUGCUGCAGGGAAGGUUGGUGAUUAUUUUGCAACAGAAGAGUCAGUGGGUACCCGGACUUCUGUCAGGCAACUCCAGUUAGGCCCUAAAGAAGGGGUCAGUGGGCAAAUCCAGUUCACAGCUCCACUUUCAGACAAGGUGGAGUUGGGUGUCAGAGGAGAUUCUGUACACACGGAAGGGUUGCCAGGGAGCAGCACAUCCAUCAGGCACAUCAGCAUCGGGCCUCAGAGGCAUCAGACCACCCAGCAGAUAGUUUACCAUGGGCUGGUUCCCCAACCGGGGGAAUCUGGUGACUCAGAGAGCGUUGUGCACCGGGCCACUCACAGUCAUACCUCAGGUAGACAAACCAUUAUGACUGAAAAGAGCACCUUCCAAAGUGUCAUUUCUGAAUCUCCCCAGGAGGACAGUGCAGGGGACACAACAGGGGCAGAAAUGACAUCGGGCGUUAGCAGAUCCUUUAGGCACAUUCGACUAGGUCCUACAGAAACGGAAACCUCUGAACACGUUGUCAUCCGUGGACCCGUGUCCAGAACAUUUGUGCUUGCUGGUUCAGUGGACUCCCCUGAGCUAGGCAAGUUAGCAGACAGCAGCAGAACGCUAAGGCACAUUGCACCAGGGCCCAAAGAAACUUCGUUUACCUUUCAGAUGGAUGUGAGUAACGUAGAGGCGAUCCGCAGCCGGACACAGGAAGCGGGAGCUCGCGGUGUGUCUGACCGUGGUGCCUGGAGAGACGCGGACAGUAGCAAUGACCAGGCAGUUGGCGUGAGCUUUAAGGCCUCUGCUGGGGAAGGAGACCAGGCCCACGGAGACCAGGGCAAGGAGCAGGCCAUGUUUGAUAAGAAGGUGCAGCUCCAGAGAAUGGUAGACCAAAGGUCGGUGAUUUCAGAUGAAAAGAAAGUUGCCCUCCUCUAUCUAGACAAUGAGGAGGAGGAGAAUGAUGGGCAUUGGUUUUAAUAAGCAGAAACAUUUUGUUUUAAUGGCAUCCUGUUGGCGACGUGCCAACAUCCAAAGGCCUUAACUUACUUUAAGAGGCCGAGGGAGUCUAUGAAAAUCUCCCCUUUUUUACUUUCUUAAAGAGUACUCCAGGCAUUGUCAAUUUACUUUAUAGUUAAUCCGUAAAGAUUUCCAGUUAAUUCAUGCCUUAAAAGGCACUGCAGUUUUAUUUUUGAGUUGGGACUUUUACAAAACACUUUUUUUCCUGGAGUCUUCUCUCCACUUCUGGAGAUGAUUUCUAUGUUUUGCACCUGGUCACAGACAUGGCUUGCAUCUGUUUGAAACUACAAUUAAUUAUAGAUGUCAAAACAUUAACCAGAUUAAAGUAAUAUAUUUAAGAGUAAACUUUGCUUGCAUGUGCUAAUAUGAAAUAACAAACUAACAUUUUAGGGGAAAAAUAAAUACAAUUUAGACUCUUUCUAAAAAGUCUUUUCAAAAAGAAAUGGGAAAUAGGCAGACUGUUUAUGUUAAAAAAAGUUCCUGCUAAAUGAUUUCAUCUUUAGGAAAAAAUUACUUGCCAUAUAGAGCUAAAUUCAUCUUAAGACUUGAAUGAAUUGCUUUCUAUGUACAGAACUUUAAAAAAUAAUAGUGUUUAUGGAGAGGACAGCUGUAGUCUGUUGUGCUAUUUCACAUUCUAUUUGCACAGGUUCCCUGGCACUGGUAGGGUGGAUGAUGAUUGGGAAUCGCUUACGGUACCAUUUCAUUUUUUGGCACUAGGUCAUUAAGUAGCACACAGUCUGAAUACUCUUUUUUGUUAUAGCCUAAGUUCUGGAGUGGCCAGUUCCUAUCAGACUGUGCAGACUUGCGCUUCUCUGUACCUUAUCCCUUAGCACCCAAACAUUUAAUUUCACUGGUGGGAGGUAGACCUUGAAGACAAUGAAGAGAAUGCCGAUGCUCAGACUGCAGCUGGGCUGGCAAGCUGGCUGUGUACAGGGAAAUUGGAAACACACAGUGGACCGUGCCUCCUAAAGAUGCUUUUCCCAACCCUCCAUUCGUGGGAUGCAGGUCUUUCUGAGCUCAAGGGUGAAAGAUGAAUAACAACCAUGAACCCACCUCACGGAAGCUUUUUUUGCACUUUGAACAGAAGUCAUUGCAGUUGGGGCAUUUUGUCCAGGGAAACAGUUUAUUAAAUACAAGGAUGUUUUGGGGAAGGAACUGGGUAUCUUUCCUGCAGCCCAGCACCGAGAUACCCAGGACGGGCCUCGGGGGUGAGGAAGGCCCCCAUGCUCAUGGGCCACAGAGUGUGGACCUGUAGAUAGGCACCACCGAGUUUAAGAUACGAUACUGGGAUGAGCAUGCUUCAUUGGAUUCGUUUUAUUUUACACAUUGGUAUUGUUUUAAAGUUUACAUCUGCAAAGUGUAGCAUCACAUAUAAAAGGUUUCGCUAGCAGCACAGCAUUUUUUAGUUCAGGCUAGCUUUUUUCACAUAAUGCUGUCUCAACUGUAUUUCCUGUAACACGGUAUCAUAGCACUGACUGUAGUGCACUGAGGAAUAACAGUCUGAGGUAGCACCACCCUCAGGCAGCCUACAAUGACAGCACUGGAGGGUCUUCCCUCUCAGAUUCACCUGGAGGCCCUCAGACCCCCAGGGCGCACAUCUCCCCAGGUCCUGGGAGCAGCUACCACAGGUAGUUUCCGGAGAGCGCGUUUUCUUCAUUGGUAAGUGGAGGAGAAAUGCAGCACAGCUUUCAAGAUACGAUUGUAAAAACACCGUGAAUCAGAGUAUGGAAAGAAAGUUGAUUUGAAUGGCAAGUUUAAACCUUUGUUGUCCAUCUGCCAGAUGAACUAGUGAUUGUCAGACUGGUAUGGAGGUGACUGCUUUGUAAGGUUUUGUCGUUUCUAAUACAGACAAAGAUGUGCUGAUUUUGUUUUAGCUGUAACAGGUAAUGGUUUUUGGAUGGAUGAUUGACUGGUGAGAAUUUGGUCAAGGUGACAGCCUCCUGUCUGAUGACAAGACAGACUGGUGGUGAGGAGGCUGAGUCUAUGUGGGUUCAGUUUGAUGUCAGUGUCUGGGCUCAUGACUUGUAAAUGGAAGCUGAUGUGAACAGGUAAUUAAUGUUAUGACCCACUUCUGUUUACUUUGGGAAAUAUCUUGGAUCUUAAUUGUCAUCUGCAAGUUUCAGGAAGUAUUCUGCCAAAAGUAUUUACAAGUAUGGAAUCAUGAGCUAUUGUUGGUUGCUAAAUCUGUGAAUCACCCGGGAGUGUGCCCUUGACAUUGUGACAGGUCACCCCAAAGCUCCAUGUCCUUUAAAACCAGUCACUCUGGACACAAGAGAAAUCAACUUCGUGGUUGGAUGGGGCCGGAACACAACCAGUCUUUUUGUAUUUACUGUUAUUUAGACAAAACUACUCACUGAGUGUUUCUCAGUUUCCUACUGGUGGUUUUGAUAUUGUUUGUUUAAGAUGUAUAUUUAGAAUGACAUCAUCUAAGAAGCUAAUUUUGCUAAACUCCUGUUCCCUACAAUGGGAAAUGUCACAAGAAUGUGCAAAAAUAAAAAUCUGAGGAAAAACCCACAUUGUUCCUAAAGAGAAUGAAUAUUUUCAGUAGAUUCUGAUGUUUCCUUUGAAUUCGAAAUAAAGAAUCUGUGUGUUGACAUGCA